AGGCGGAGAGUCAAGCUACAGGAGGGAGAGGCGGGGGCGGAGGGGGAGAGGCGGAGAGUGAUGAGGAGAGGGCGAGGAGGGCCCUGGAGUGUCCGUGUUUGGACAAGCUGAGGGACGGCGCGUGCUGGGAGCAAUUUGCAGAGAGCUUCCGGUGUUACUACGUCAGCAAGGAGGAGGAUCAGGGUUCGGACUGUGUCUCGCAAUUCUCCGCGCUGCAGACGUGCAUCUCGGCCAACGCCUCUCACUUCCAGCAAUACCUGGUGGAGAAGGGGGAGGCUGACCUGCUGAAUGCACCUGCAGAUGCGGACGGAAAACCCUAG